AUGGCACUCACCCACGGCGCGCUUUCCGAGGAGGAGGUGGUCCUCAUGGAGAAGCCCCGGGCACCCAAGGGACGCUGGUACCUCGCAGGUGCCGCCGUUGCGACCUUGGCGCUUGUUGGCGUCGUGGCCAAGGUGUCUCACUCCUCGCUCUCCAAGUCCAAGACGCUGGAUGAGAUCGAGAACUGGGAGGAGCUUCCAGGAAUGGACCAGGUCAUCCACAAGGCCCAGGCCCUGAAGAUGGACAAGCCUUUGCGCAACCUGCAAGACCUGUUCUACGACUCGCAGCCGGAGGAACUGCCCUGGAUCCGGACCGAGUGCGUGAUCGACACCGUUCAG